UCGGUCCCUUUUAUUCUCUCAGGGGCCGGUGCAGUAUACAGAGACCUCCCUGCACCAGAGACAGCCGGGACAGGGGGCUGGAGACACCCGGGACUACACCCGGACAGACACCUGCUGCUGCUCACAGCUCCGCACCCGCACUAUCCGCACUGCUGGACCUCAUGGAUGUGCUGCUGCUCCUAGCCCUGCUGCCAGGCUGUCUCUGUGCAGUGACUGUCACCGUCCCACCGAAGGUUGAGGUUGCGUUUGGUCAUGAAGCCAUCUUCACGUGUCAGCCGAAGUUCUCCGGAUCUCCGAAAUACAGCGUGGAGUGGUCCUAUGUAGACCAGGAUGGACAGAGGACCCGCAUCGCGACCUUCAACGAUGGGAAGGCUUCAGUAGACCCGGACACACCAUUCAGCGGCAGAGCGGCCAUGCGUAGUGACAACAGUCUGGUCAUAAGUGACAUCCGUGUAAAGGAUGAAAGUGAAUUCGUUUGCAGAGUGAACACCGUGAGUGAAGGGACCGGCGAGGGCAGUGCUCAGCUGAAGGUUUUUGUGACGCCUUCGGCCCCAGAACUUUUAGUAAACACUCACAGUGUAUCCAUCACGGAACAAAUAGCGGCAGAGGUUGGAACCUGCACCAGUAGGAAUUCAUAUCCGGCACCAGCAAUCGAGUGGUACAAAAAUCAUGUUCUUAUGGAUGCGGGAACUGAGAAAACAGGAGACUUAUAUGUUUCAUCCCGCAUGACCGUUGAGGCAUCUGGCUUAUACACAGUCUCCAGCACGCUCUUCCUGAAGCCCACCAAAGCGGACGCCGAUGCAGUAUUUUCCUGUAAGGCUGUUUUCCCCCUACCAGGAGACUCCAAAAGUAACAUGGAGUCCAAGGAAUUCAAGCUGCCCCUCCACUAUUACACUGAAAAUGUGAAGUUAACCGUGUCCCCUGAGGUUCCCCUCAAAGAAGGAGACAAAGUGACUCUACAUUGUGAGGGAGAUGGGAACCCGGCCCCUACAUACUUGUUCCAGAAGCAAAAGGCUGGUGGUGCUGUGGACGACCUGGACUCUGGGUCAGAUGGAUUUUACAUUUUCCAGAACAUCUCUAGAGAGGAUAGUGGGACUUACAUCUGCGAAGCUCUGGAUUUUGACAGUCCUGACGAAAUUCUGCUUAAGAAGCAGAUAGACCUCAAUGUUCACUACCUGAAUCCUCUAACUCUCAUCCCAUCCGGAGAAGUCCACCAUUCUGUUGGGGAUAACGUUCCUCUUAACUGCAUUGGCGAUGGCUCGGAAAUACCCACCUUAGUCUGGAAGAAGGGGGAUAAAAUCCUUUCUAGCAGCAACAGGCAUCGCUUGCGCAAUUUAACCUAUGCUGAUUCCGGGGUUUACACUUGUGAAGCUACAGUCUCUACAGUGCCAGGACUGGUCAAAGAGGCGAGUGUCACCGUCGUUGUGGAAGGACCUCCAGAUCUCGGGCCUGAGAGUGAAUCAGUGGAUGUACCUUCUGAAGGUCACAUGUUAACAUUAUCUUGUUCAGCAACAGGAUACCCGGAGCCUGCGAUAAGGUGGAACCCAGCAGAGCUGCAGCCUACCCAGACAGUUUCUGGCAAAAUUGUAAAAAGCGAGGUUGCGUUCAAGGUCACGUCCAAGCUUAUUAAUGAUAUUUCAUGCACUGCAACAAAUUCACUUGGAACCAAAGAUAAAAAAUUCAAGCUGAGCAUCUCAAGCCUGGUGCCCCCAAGCACAGCGCCUGCCCAAGAACAAAGCGGUAGCAGCAGCACAGCCAUCAUCGCUGUGGUUGUCUGUGUUCUUCUCCUUCUUCUGGUGGUCGGUCUUUUCUUCAUCUUACAGAAAAAAGGAAAAUUGGCGUGUGGACGAUCAGAAAAACAACCUCUAUCUCAGGACCCGGCUUCAGCUGAACUCGCCGUGGAAUUAAAAUCAGAGAAACGAAAUGAGCAACGCGGCUUAUUGGGUUCCCGCGGAGGAGGAGGAGGAGGCCCGGCUGCAGAGUGUUAACAACCCAAGACCGAGAGCUUUCUUGUUCUAUGGAGACAGCGCCAUCUUAUGCGACCUGGAGGUCAGCUGACAUCUCCAGCCUGUGGAUUCAUGUUUUUCAUGACUUCUUGCACUUGAAACAGAAGAAAUAAAAUAAGAAAAUGCAAGGACUCAAUGUAUAAGAGAUCACGCAUCAAGAUCCCACAAAUUCCCAUUCCAAUUUUUGGGGAUGCAUUAUUCUAUUUUGGGGUCUUAUUCCUUUUUUUUUGUUGUUUUUUAUUUGUUUUUUUAUUUGAAGAACGUUUCAAGAUUCACUUACAAAGGUCUGUUAUUGGGUAUACUACCCUACCUAGUGUUGCCUUAAAUGGUGGUCGGCCAUUGCUGCAUUGCCCACCACAGACCUCAGUCGGUUACCCUUAUUUGUUGCAGGUUUUUUUUUUUAUCCAUAUGUUUUUGCUAAUUUUUUUACCUGUUUUUUUUUAACUUCCAAACUAUGUAAAUGAUUUCCUCUGUCCUACUGUUUGAAGCAGUUUUUUCCAGCAUGCCUUGGGGGGCAACAGAUCUCAGUGGGCUACUGUUACACUGGUCUUGGCCUGCUUCUGUCCGGCCUGUAUGUAUAUAAUGUAUUUCUCUAUGGUCAUUACACUGGUCAGA